AUGUCUCGAAGUUUCGCCGUCCGGACCCACAUCGCCGACAAGCUCGGCAUCGCCCGGAGCCGUAUCCCGGAAGCCCACCCUUGCAAAACCGGAUGGGCCAUCCGCGCCGCUGACUUGGCAACCAGGGAUCUUCUGACUGAACGGCAGGCCGAGUGGGCUCCUGACAUCUCCGCACAGAUCGUUGAAAAGCGACAGGAGUGGUACACGUAUGUGGUCCAAGGCUGCCCACGCCGCUUCAAUAACAUCUUUGGCGAAGCCAUCGACGACGAGAAGGCGAUCCGAGACGAGGUCGCCACGCAAACCGGCCAAACCCCGGAGAGGGUGAUGACUGGGAAACAGGACUCGGAGCAGCGCCCGACCCGGACCCUGUUCAUAUCCUUUGCCAAGGAGGUCAAGCACUACUGGCGCCUUUUCGACACGACGAGCUAUGCGAGACUCAUCGUCAAGACCAAGCCGCCGAAGCAAUGUGACAAUUGCUGGGACUACCAUUCACGCUAUAGCUGCGGACGCCAGGCACGCUGCAAGAACUGCGGCAAGACUGGCCACGCCCAGGAGACCUGUACCGCCACACAACAAUGCGCCAACUGCCACGGGCCGCACGCGGUUGACUUUCCCCAGUGCCCGGCUCGCCCCAAGAAGGUGAACGGAGCAUUCCGCAGCCUCAAUAGGCCCGAGAAGAAACUUGUCCAAAUCAUGGGCAAACGACUGUUCAAGCAGUUUACAGCGAAACCAGCAUCUCCACCGCGGGAUCAGUCCACGAGCCUCGAAUCCGACUCAGCGACAGCGAGCGACACUACCUCCGCGUCCAGCCGGAGCACACCGACGACAAGCGACGCAAUCACACCGGAGCCCGAGAGGGAAAAUAGGGCAUCACGCCCUAGCGAAACACCGUCCGCCUCUUCGGCAGCUCCAGCUGCCCCGAACAGUCAAGCAUCGCCGACUCCAAGCUCUGGAAGCUCCUCCAGCGGUAGGCAAAACGCUGCAGCAGCGGCCAGCCCCAUUAAACCCACUUCAGCUACGCCCAUGAACCCCGCCGAUUCGGUACUCCUUCGAGCCUCGUCGGCACGCAGCGAAAGAAGGGUUUCUCCGCCCGUGAGGCAGAGCAUUGAGAUGUCUGAAGAACCGCACGAGCGACAACACCGUGACCGGCGACUUUUCCGGGUGUUCCAAGCCAAUGUCGGCAAGAAUGGCCCCUCGCACGAUUGCGCACUCGCCCUUGCUGACGCAGAACGAUACGAGGUCAUACUACUACAGGAGCCCUGGACGCAAGUCCGUGACUCCCGCUGCCUUACCAAGACACACCCGGCGUACGAUACCUACUCACCGGUCAGCACCUGGGAAGACAUCGACACCCGACCGCGCGUCAUGACAUAUAUUCGCCGGGGUGCAAGGCUCUUAGCCGACCAGCAACGCCCGGCUCUCUCGCGAGACAUCCUCUGGCUCGUGGUCAAUGGCGUCACGCUGGUAAACGUAUAUCGGGAACCGAACCUGGACACUGCCCUCGAAGUCCUGUUCGCAUGGCCGAUUCCCAGUCAAUGUAUUAUCGCAGGCGACUUCAACGCGAGACAUCACACGUGGCAGAUUGGCCCCUCCCGCGGCCACGGCGGCAUCAUCGCAGAAUGGGCCGCAGAAAACGAUUUAGAUCUCCUCAAUCCGAUCAACACGCCCACGAACGCCCACGGCAAUACCAUUGACCUGGCCUUCUCAAAUAUUCCCCUAGCCGAGGCGACGGUGGAGGAUCACCUUGCCACGAGCUCGGACCACUUUACCCUCAGCAUCUCUCUCCAGGCUCUCAAGCCGGCAACGCUCCCGCCUAGAAAGAUUCUUCUCGCAAGCGACGAGGAACUGAAGCGGUUCACGGAGCUGGUUGUAUCAGGGGCCACAAUUAUUCCCCAGGUAGCAACGACGGUCGCAGAUCUUGACCGGCUCGCGGAUGCCAUUAUAGACCUCAUACAAUCCGCAGCUCGCGCGGCUGGCCGGCGAUCUCAACGUAGACCACGGAAGGCCCCGUGGUGGAACGAGGAAUGCGCAGCAUCUGUCGCAGAGCUCCGCUGCGUCAGACGAGCAUUCCCACUCGGCUUCAACCGCGACGUACAGCUCGCUCGCCGCGACCUGCGACGGGUGGUGCGACGCGCGAAGCGGGCAUACUGGCGCGAACUGAUUGAUGGCGUGCGAAGCGACAAAGACGUUUUUAAGAUCACGCGAUGGCUGAAGCGACCCGGGGUGUUCCGACCUCCCCCUCUACAGGUCGGCGAAACAAUCAUUGAAACCCAAAUCGGCAAGGCCGAGGCCCUACGACACGCUACUCUCGAGCGCAGAACUGCAGACGACGACAUCUCCGACCCCUGGACGCCGUCAGAAGACACCCUACCCAUCCCUUUCUCGCCCAAUGUCCCCAUUGAGGAAGUCCAGGACGCUCUGCUGCGCACAGGCAACACGUCGCCAGGAUCGGACAACAUCACGGUACGUCUGCUCCGAACGGCAUGGCCCGUUCUACGCUGCCACAUCCAACGCCUGUAUCAAGGGUGCCUGUCCCUUGGCUAUCACCCUCUGAGGUUCAAGGAGGCCGAAGUGGUCAUGAUCGAAAAGCCAGGCAAGCGUGAUCUUUCCAAGACACGGGCCUGGAGGCCAAUAUCACUGCUCUCAUGUCUUGGCAAAGGACUGGAGAGGCUUAUCGCUCGCCGCUUGGCUUGGGCCUCGAUACGAUACGGUAUCCUGCACCCACAGCAGAUUGGCGCCCUUCAAAAGAGAUCCGCGGUCGACCUAGUCGCCGCCCUCGUGCACGAUAUCGAAACAGCUCUAGCCAAUGGCCAAGUCGCUACGCUAGUCACAAUGGAUGUACAAGGAGCUUUCGACACCGUCAUGCGUAAUCGACUUAUCCUCCGACUCCGGCAACAAGGGUGGCCACCGCAUCUCGUGAGAUGGGCCGGCUCCUUCAUGCAAGACCGCUCGGCCGCAAUCCGAUUCCAGGACGUCACAACGCCAGCGUCGCCUCUUCGAUGCGGCCUCGCACAAGGCUCACCUGUAUCGCCAAUCCUCUUCGCUCUGUACAUCGCCCCUAUCUACCGCCUCGGGAACUCGGAUGGUCGAUUCGGCUACGCAGAUGACACGGCAAUGCUGCGCACCGGGCGAACGCUCGAAGAAACGACUGCUCUCGCGUCCCGAGACAUGGAAGCACUUCUGGUUUGGGGUGCCGCCAACGGCGUCACUUUCGACCCGGACAAAACCGAGGUGAUGCACUUCUCUCGGAAGAAGAGCCCCUCCCGGCCCUCCGUAUUCCAAGGCGGCACCGAGAUCGUCCCUGGAAACGCAAUGCGCUGGCUCGGGCUCUGGCUCGACCGUAGGCUCUCCUUCAAAUUCCACGUGGACGAGUGGUCCGCCAAAGCCAGGCGAGUAGCCAACCUCCUCAAAGGCAUCGCAAACACCAAGCACGGCCCUCUUCCGCGCGCCGUCCGCAGAGCAGUCAAGGCAUGUGUCGAGCCGACCUUAUUCUACGGCGCAGAGGCGUGGUAUCCCGGAGAGGUGGCGCCUAGCGUUGCAAACCCGAAUCGCAUCGUGUCCACGCAAGUAAAGCACCUCGUGCUACGUCUGGACAAAGUCCUGAGACACGCCCUUCGAGCUGCCCUUCCUGUCUGGAAGACGACCCCGAUCCCAGCCAUGCACCGCGAAGCUGGCACGCCGCCUGCGUCUAUCGCACUCGCCGCUCAGCAGAUCCGUUUCUCGGCACGCCUGAAGUCUCUCGACGGGCGUCAUCCCCUUGUUAAAAGGGCAUCGCGGAAACCGCCUCGAGCGCGGCACACUCGGAACCCCAGCUCGACCCGACGUGUCAAGCCAGCCUUUCAGUCGAGGCUUCAACGCACCGACCAACUCCUCCCGAAGUGCCAUCGCCCGACGCUCCUGCCGCGCCAGUACUCCGAUACAGAAACCAGCCCUCUUCAGGCUGCAAACAAAACCGAAACCGCUGGUGAUUUCCUUGGUUGGCUUGAAACCGCCGCCGCAGCCACGCUCAUCGUCUACUCCGACGGGUCGCAACUUCCAAACGGCGCCGCGGGAUUCGGCUUCGCAGUACACCGGGACAAGCAAUCGCUAGUCCAAGGAUCGGGCCGCCUAGGCCCAUCGGAGGUCUUCGACGCUGAGGCAGUUGGUGCCCUAGAGGGCCUUCGGGCCGCUCUCCGCUUGGGCGACACAACAAGCGAAGUCGUGGUCUGCACCGACAAUCUCGCUGUUGCCAGCUGUCUGCGAGGCGACCCAGCCGACUCUUCGCAGGACAAGUUCACCAAGUUCCAAGAACUGGCAACCUUGCACGGAAACGUGCAGGUCCGCUGGAUACCAGGACAUACCGACAUACCAGGCAAUGAGGAGGCCGACGGCCUCGCCAAAGCAGGUUGUUUGCAGCCUGAACCACCCGGAGCCAUGCCAUCGCUGGCCCACCUACGUCGACUUGCGAGGCAGCAAUCGAGAGAUGCCUUCAAAGCUUGGUGGUCGACGGAAGCACCGGAGUCAUACAAGGCUCUGAACCUCGAGGCAGCCACAAGCUGCCCUCCAGAGCUUGCGCUCCCAAGGGCAACGCUCCACAACCUCCUUGCGGCGAGAUCUCGCCAUGGAGACUUCGCCGACUACCACGAGCGUUUCAAUCAUGACGACGCACGUCUUAACUGCUCAUGCGGACGACGCAAAGCACCAGAGCACCCAUUCUACUGCAGGAAGGUACCGCCACGGCUCCGGAUGAGGCUCGCACCCUCACCGGCCGAAGCAAUACACCAUGCAGUAGGCAAGGGCUUCAAAGCCUUCGUCGAGAUGACGUCGGAAAGCUCCUUCUUCCAAAGGAUCUGCCCGCGCCAUUAG